AGUUUUUUGACAGCAGUAUAAACAACAACCAGGGAUGCCAUUAUGCCAGAUUUAUCUGGCACAGCCAGAAUUUUUUGAAGCUUCCAGAUAAAAAGACAAGCCUCUCAUUCUGCCAGAUUUUUAAAUUAUGGAAGUGUUUGCACACACAUUUUGGAAAUUUGGGGAAUAUUUUCCCAAAUUUUUCAAAAAUCGAUUGAUAAAUUUCGAUGACUUUGAGGUCGCUGUUAAGUGACAGAUUUUGCCAGACAUUUUUAGUUGAUCUGCCAGAUAUCCUUUGAAAAAUAGUGGCAACCCUGACAUCAACAAUAUCAUUCAAAAAUAUAACCGUUUUCUCCAACACGACAUGUCUACCUGUUGAAAGAAACCGUUUUUCACAGGUACUCGUGAUUAUUGUGAGUUUCUUGUUUCUUUACCUUAAUUAACUGUGCCAUUUUAAAGUUUUAUUUGAUCCACAAUGUCCAACGAAAGUAGCACUAGUGACGAUUCGGAGAUCUAUUUCGGAACGCCAACGAUACACGAAAUGAAGCGGUAUUUCAAAAAGUUACAAAAUCGGUCGUUGAAUCAAUCGGACCUUAUGCCGGAAACAACGGAUGAGUCCUCCUCUGAAUUAGACGACAGUUUCCACGCAAUGAUUGAACGAAAACGGUUGGAAAUGCUCAAACUGAAAGAAGACGAAUCCAAGCUACGGGAAGACGUAUCUUCUGUUUCUAACUUAGCCGGAGGAGGUGAUGCUGAUUACCGAUCUGUUGGGAAUGAUUCCACUUUCAUAGAACAGGACUCGAUGAACAAGAUAACGGAUGAGAGUUUUGAAGAAAUGGAACGGCUUUGCUCGAUGAACCAGAGUAAACUUGGAAACAGUCACCAUCAACAGCAGGUUGAAGAGGAAAAUGCUACUAAUCGGAUUUUAGGUAGUAGCUCAAGUAAUAACGAAAUUGGGAUUUCAACGAACGUAAAAAGUCAUGUGUCUUUGCAAGUUCUCCAGCAGGUAGUUGGUAAUGUUUCAAUGUGCCUGGGAGAUGUCACUCAGCUGGACGAUAUUGAAGAGCCAUCCUGUAUGUGGGAACAAUCUAUCUUGCAAACAGGAUCUGGUAUAGCAAAAGCUAUUUCGCCGGUGAAACGCGUUCACAUGCUCAGGCCAUCAACAAUUCUGGAGGAACCAACCAUGAAUGAGAGUACUGUUAGCAGCAAUUCAAAGUAUUCACUUGAUAGCUACAUCACAGCAAAGCAGACGUGGAAUGGAAGCGAGAACAGCUCAAGUGUCACUGGAAGCGAUGUUUAUCGCACGGCAGAUGAAGUGACUAAUGAUAGUAAAUCAUCCGUUGUGAAUAGUACAGGGGAUUCCGUUGUUGGAUUCGAUGCUACGGCCAAUAAAACUAGCAUAGAGAUGAGUGUUACUCACACGAGCACUAUUAUUACUCACGUUAGCGAUAGUGAAGAUGAGCAUGAUGUGAUUGUCUUAAGCUCCAGCGAAAGUGAAGACGAUAACCAAACAGACGAGUCACUGCUAGAAGACGCAGGAAGCACUCUCGAUAAUAGUGAAAGUUUACAGGAGGAUUCCCUGUGUAAGGAAGAUGAUGAUAUUGGAGAAGAGCCUGGUUCCCCGUUAUUGGAUGCAAUCCCAGAUAAUUUCAACGACACACUGGAAGAAAUGGAAUUUAUGAUGCGCCAGGGAAUGAAAAUUAUGCAGCAGCAGAAAGUUCAGCAACAGCAGGAGCAAAAACAAUGUGGCAGUUCUCAAUCAACUUUGUCAAGUAUUCAGAAGUCUGUAACUGUUUCUCAUAUGAGCCCAGUUACUCCAGCUUAUCCCGAUCGGUACCUUAAGUCCAUACAGCCCACAGCGUCCACCUGUAAGCAAACUCUUUUUCCCCAUAGUGCAAGCAAACAUAAUUCAGGUCUAAAACCAAAUUCGGCGCCAUCCUCUGGGUCCAACAAUGGAGCUUUCAAAAAACCUAUCAGUCGCUUUCCUUUGCCGAAGUCUGCAAAAAAGUUCGAUCACAUAGUUUCACCAAUUGGAGUCUACAUAAACCGUACACCGCAAACAAGUCUACAGUCUCGCAUCUUCUGUCCAAAUCAAAAUCUAAUUGAUGUGCUGCACAGUCAACCGGAAAAUCGAGAAAGCGUAAUGAAUGUGAAGGAAAAUUUCUACCAACCCGAGGUUGACCUGGCAACAUACAGUUCAUCUUUGCCGCGAAAGGGUGUUGUCAGUUCGCGCGGAGCUCAUGUGCUUGAUGAACGGCACACGGUUCGUAUUCCUGGUGGAGAGAAGAUGCACAAACUCUUGAAUAAUUCACCAACUAUGGUUAUACGACACGAGGGAAGACUAAAGUAUCAACGCGAAACGCAGCUAACGGAUGACAGUGUGGCUGACGAUAGCAUGGCAGAUCUGUCGAUGGCGUCCGGAGAUGUAUCGGUCCGUGUGCUGAAAGAUGUCAGACGCUUCUAAUAGUUUGGUUAAGAAAGUAUGUCUGAUAUUUUUAAUGUCGUUAGGUGCAGUUUCGCUACUAACUGCUGGCUUUUAGUCGCAGUAUAUUUUACCCUAAUACGAAUCUUUUGGAUCGGUUCAAAUAUUUUCGUUUAAUAUCACCAUUUCAAAUAGGCCGCCUUCUAAUUAUUUU